UGGGACUUUCUCCCACACGCCAUGGGUGUCGGCCGGAGGAGGCUGGCCCCACUCUGGGCCCUGGCCCUCACUCUGGCCUGUGCCCAGCACACAGGCCAGGCCCGGAACAGCGCUGCAGAGGUCAGCUUCGAGCACCCAGACCUCCCUCCUGCCCCUCAGGGGCCUGGCGGCACCGGCCUCCGUGGAGUGACCAUCCACCCGCCUCUGAGGACCGCCCCCGUGGUGCAAGCCCUGAAUGCGGCCCACGGCGGGCGGGUGUGCAGCACGUGGGGCGACUUCCACUACAAGACCUUCGACGGCGACGUCUUCCGCUUCCCCGGGCUGUGCAACUACGUCUUCUCCGCGCACUGCGGCUCGGCCUACGAGGACUUCAACCUGCAGCUCCGCCGCGGCCCCGGGCCCAACAGCACUGCGCCCAGCAGGGUCACCAUGAAGCUGGACGGCCUGGUCGUCAGGCUGGCCAAGGGCUCCGUCCUGGUCAACGGCCGCCCAAUUCAGCUGCCCUUCAGCCAGUCUGGGGUCCUCAUCGAGCACAGCCACGGCAAUCUGAAGGUGGCGGCCAAGCUGGGCCUGGUCUUCAUGUGGAACCAGGACGACAGCCUCCUGCUCGAGCUGGACGCCAAGUACGCCAACCAGACUUGCGGGCUGUGCGGAGACUUCAACGGCGUCCCCGCCUACAACGAGUUCUUCUCGCACAAUGUCAGACUGACCCCCGCCGAGUUUGGGAGCCUGCAGAAGAUGGACGGCCCCAUGGAGCAGUGUCAGGACCCUGUUCCCGAGGACGCUGGGACCUGCUCGGAUGACUCUGGCAUCUGCGAGGAGAUGCUGAGCAGCGAGCCGUUCUCGGGCUGUGCCCGCUUGGUGAACACCAGCAGCUACCUGGAGGCCUGCCGGCACGACCUCUGCCACUGCAGCCGGGCCAACCUCACCAGCUGCCUCUGCCACACCCUGGCCGAGUACUCCCGCCAGUGUGCCCACGCCGGGGGGCUGCCCCCGGACUGGCGGGGCCCCCAGCUCUGCCCCCAGACGUGCCCCCUGAACAUGCAGUACCGUGAGUGUGGCCCGCCCUGCGCGGACACCUGCUCCAACCCUGAGUGCUCCCAGCUGUGCGAGGACCACUGCAUCGCCGGCUGCUUCUGCCCUGAGGGGAUGGUGCUGGACGACAUCGGCCAGGCGGGCUGCGUCCCCAUAUCCGGGUGCUCCUGCAUGUACAAUGGGGCCACCUACGCUCCAGGGACCGGCUACUCCACAGGCUGCACCAACUGCACCUGCUCUGGAGGCCGCUGGACCUGCCAGGAGGCGCCGUGCCCGGGGACCUGCUCGGUGCUGGGCGGCGCCCACAUCUCCACGUUCGACGAGAAGCAGUUCAGAGUGCCUGGGGACUGCAGCUACGUGCUGGCCAAGCCUUGUGACAGCAGUGCCUUCACCGUGCUGGCCGAGCUGCGCAGGUGCGGGCUGACCGACAGCGAGACCUGCCUGAAGAGCCUGACACUGAGCCUGGGCGGGGGCCACACGGUCUUCAUGGUCAAGGCUAGUGGGGAGGUGUUUGUGAAUCAGAUCUACACCCAGCUGCCCGUCUCAGCAGCCAACGUCACGCUCUUCAGACCCUCCACCUUCUUCAUCAUCGCCCAGACCCAGCUGGGCCUGCAGCUGGACAUCCAGCUGGUGCCCACCAUGCAGGUGUUCGUGAGGCUGGCACCGCAGAACCGAGGGCAGAGCUGCGGCCUGUGCGGGAACUUCAACCAGAACCAGGCCGAUGACUUCCGGACCAUCAGCGGCGUGGUGGAGGGCUCGGCCGCUGCCUUCGCCAACACCUGGAAGACCCAGGCCGCCUGCCCCAACGUCAAGAACAGCUUCGAGGACCCCUGCUCCCUCAGCGUGGAGAACGAGAAGUACGCUCAGCACUGGUGCUCCCGGCUGACCGACCCCCACGGCCCCUUCGCCCAGUGCCACUCCGCCGUGGACCCCAGUACCUACUACUCGAACUGCCUGUUCGACACCUGCAACUGUGAGAAGAGCGAGGACUGCAUGUGUGCGGCCCUGUCCUCCUACGUCCGGGCCUGUGCCGCCCACGGCAUGCUGCUCAGCGGCUGGCGGGACGGCGUGUGCACAAAGCCCAUGGCCACCUGCCCCAAGUCACUCGUCUACCGCUACAACAUCAGCACGUGCCCACCCACCUGCCGGGCCCGGAGCGACGAGGACGCCACCUGCAGCAUCAGCUUCGUCCCCGUGGACGGCUGCACCUGCCCCGACGGCACCUUCCUGGACGACUCCGGCGCGUGUGUGCCGGCCGCCAGCUGCCCCUGCUACCUGCAGGGCUCCACGAUCCCCAACGGGGAGUCGCUGCAUGAGCAGGGCGCCAUCUGCUCCUGCACCCAGGGCACACUGACCUGCAUCGGAGGCCACACCCCAGACCCAGUCUGCGCCCCACCCAUGCUCUACUUCGACUGCCGCAACGCCACGCCCGGGGCCAGCGGGGCCGCCUGUCAGAAGAGCUGCCAUGCCCUGGACAUGGACUGCUACAGCACCAAGUGCGAGCCCGGCUGUGUGUGUCCCGACGGGCUGGUGGCCAGCGGCGAUGGCGGCUGCGUCCCCAUGUCUGCCUGCCCCUGUGUGCACAACGAGGCCAGCUACCAGCCAGGCCAGACCAUCCACGUGGGCUGCAACACCUGCACCUGUCAGAGUGGGACGUGGCAGUGUACCGACCAGCCCUGCCUGGCCACCUGCACGGUGUAUGGGGAUGGCCACUACCUCACCUUUGACGGGCGGCGCUACAGCUUCAGCGGGGACUGCGAGUACACGCUGCUCCAGGACCACUGCAGUGGGAACGGCAGCACCCAGGACAGCUUCCGCGUCGUCACAGAGAACGUGCCCUGCGGCACCACAGGGACCACCUGCUCCAAGGCCAUCAAGAUCUUCCUGGGGAGCUACGAGCUGAAGCUGAGUGACAGGACACUGGAGGUGAUCGAGACGGGCCCGAGGCCGCCCUACUCCAUCCACCAGAUGGGUAUCUACCUGGUGGUGGACACGGAGCUGGGCCUCACGCUGCUGUGGGACAAGGGUACCAGCAUCUUCCUCAGACUCAGCCCCGAGUUCAAGGGGAGGGUCUGCGGGCUGUGCGGGAACUUCGACGACAAUGCCCUCAACGACUUCACCACGCGGAGCCAGUCUGUGGUGGGCGACGUGCUGGAGUUUGGCAACAGCUGGAAAUUCUCCCCGUCGUGCCCGGACGCUCUGGCCCCCAGGGACCCCUGCACCGCCAACCCGUACCGCAGGUCCUGGGCCCAGAAGCAGUGCAGCAUCAUCAACAGCGCCACCUUCAGCGCCUGCCACGCCCACGUGGAGCCAGCCAGGUACUACGAGGCCUGCGUGAGUGACGCCUGCGCCUGCGACUCGGGGGGCGACUGCGAGUGCUUCUGCACAGCCGUGGCCGCCUACGCCCAGGCCUGCCACGAUGCGGGCGUGUGUGUGUCCUGGCGGACCCCGGACACCUGCCCUCUGUUCUGCGACUACUACAACCCCCAGGGCCAGUGUGAGUGGCACUACCAGCCCUGUGGGGCGCCCUGCCUGAAGACCUGCCAGAGCCCCAGCGGCCAGUGCUGGCCCGACACCCGUGGCUUGGAAGGCUGCUACCCCAAGUGCCCACCAGAGGCCCCCAUCUUCGACGAGGACCAGAUGCAAUGUGUGGCUUCAUGCCCGACCCCAUCCCCACAACCCCCCUGCCACGUUGGAGGCCAGUCUUUCUGGCCAAACUCCACGGUGCCCUCGGACAGGAACUGCUACUCCUGCGUCUGCACCAAGGGUGGCGUGCAGUGCGCCUACGACGCGAACGCCUGCGUCUGCACCUACGACGGGAGGCCCUUCCAUUCUGGGGACGUCAUCUACCACACAACGGAUGGCUUGGGGGGCUGCAUCUCGGCCCACUGUGGGGCCAACGGCACCAUCGAGAGAAGGGUCUACACCUGCAGCCCCACCACGCCCACACCCCAGACCACCUUCUCCUUCUCGACAUCCCUGCCCGGUGUGAGCUCGACGAUUCCACCCGGCAGGCGCCCCAGCCCUUCCGAGAGCACAGCACACACCCCAAGCACGGCCCCGGCCUCCAGCCCAGGAACCUCUACACCUGUCCCAGGACCCUCUACACCUGUCCUAGGAACCUCUACACCCAUCCCAAGUACCACAACACCUGUCCCAGGCACCACAACACCCGUCCCAGGCACCACAACACCUGUCCCAGGACCCUCUACACCCGUCCCAGGCACCUCAACACCUGUCCCAGGACCCUCUACACCUGUCCCUGGACCCUCUACACCCGUCCUAGGCACCACAACACCCGUCCCAGGACCCUCUACACCUGUCCCUGGACCCUCUACACCCAUCCCAGGCACCUCAACACCUGUCCCAGGACCCUCUACACCCGUCCCAGGACCCUCUACACCCGUCCCAGGCACCUCAACACCUGUCCCAGGACCCUCUACAUCUGUCCCUGGACCCUCUACACCUGUCACAGGACCUUUUACACCCAUCCCAGGACCCUCUACACCCGUCCCAGGACCCUCUACACCCGUCCCAGGCACCACUACACCCAUCCCAGGCACCACUACACCUGUCCCAGGACCCUCUACACCCGUCCCAGGACCCUCUACACCCGUCCCAGGCACCUCAACACCCAUCCCAGGACCCUCUACAUCCAUCCCAGGAACCACUACACCCGUCCCAGGCACCUCAACACCCAUCCCAGGAACCUCAACACCCGUCCCAGGCACCUCAACACCCGUCCCAGGACCCUCUACACCCAUCCCAGGAACCACUACACCUGUCCCAGGCACCUCAACACCCGUCCCAGGAACCUCAACACCCAUCCCAGGCACCUCAACACCCGUCCCAGGACCCUCUAUACCCGUCCCAGGAACCUCAACACCCGUCCCUGGACCCUCUACACCCGUCCCAGGCACCUCAACACCUGUGCCAGGGCCCUCUACACCCAUCCCUGGACCCUCAACACCCGUCCCAGGACCCUCUACACCCGUCCCAGGCACCUCAACACCCGUCCCAGGACCCUCUACACCCGUCCCAGGCACCUCAACACCCGUCCCAGGAACCUCAACACCCGUCCCAGGAACCUCAACACCCGUCCAAGGAACCUCAACACCCGUCCCAGGACCCUCUACACCCGUCCCAGGCACCACUACACCCAUCCCAGGCACCACUACACCUGUCCCAGGACCCUCUACACCUGUCCCAGGACCCUCUACACCCGUCCCAGGCACCUCAACACCCAUCCCAGGACCCUCUACAUCCAUCCCAGGAACCACUACACCCGUCCCAGGCACCUCAACACCCAUCCCAGGAACCUCAACACCCGUCCCAGGCACCUCAACACCCGUCCCAGGACCCUCUACACCCAUCCCAGGAACCACUACACCUGUCCCAGGCACCUCAACACCCGUCCCAGGAACCUCAACACCCAUCCCAGGCACCUCAACACCCGUCCCAGGACCCUCUAUACCCGUCCCAGGAACCUCAACACCCGUCCCUGGACCCUCUACACCCGUCCCAGGCACCUCAACACCUGUGCCAGGGCCCUCUACACCCAUCCCUGGACCCUCUACACCCGUCCCAGGACCCUCUACACCCGUCCCAGGCACCUCAACACCCGUCCCAGGACCCUCUACACCCGUCCCAGGCACCUCAACACCCGUCCCAGGAACCUCAACACCCGUCCCAGGAACCUCAACACCCGUCCAAGGAACCUCAACACCCGUCCCAGGACCCUCUACACCCGUCCCUGGACCCUCUACACCCGUCCCAGGAACCUCAACAGCCGUCCCAGGACCCUCUACACCCGUCCCAGGCACCUCAACACCCGUCCAAGGAACCUCAACACCCGUCCCAGGACCCUCUACACCCGUCCCUGGACCCUCUACACCCGUCCCAGGAACCUCUACACCCGUCCCAGGCACCUCAACACCCGUCCCAGGCACCUCAACACCCGUCCCAGGCACCUCAACACCCGUCCCAGGAACCUCAACACCCGUCCCAGGAACCUCAGCACCCGUCCCAGGAACCUCAACACCCGUCCCAGGAACCUCAACACCCGUCCCAGGACCCUCUACACCCAUCCCUGGACCCUCUACACCCGUCCCAAGAACCUCAACACCCGUUCCAGGACCCUCUACACCUGUCCCAGGAACCUCAACACCCGUCCCAGGCACCUCAACACCCGUCCCAGGCACCUCAACACCCGUCCCUGGACCCUCUACACCCGUCCCUGGACCCUCUACACCCGUCCCAAGAACCUCAACACCCGUCCCAGGAACCUCAACACCCGUCCAAGGACCCUCUACACCCGUCCCUGGACCCUCUACACCCGUCCCAAGAACCUCAACACCCGUCCCAGGACCCUCUACACCUGUCCCAGGAACCUCAACACCUGUCCCAGGACCCUCUACACCCGUCCCAGGCACCUCAACACCCGUCCCUGGACCCUCUACACCCGUCCCUGGACCCUCUACACCCGUCCCAGGACCCUCUACACCUGUCCCAGGACCCUCUACACCCGUCCCAGGCACCACUACACCCGUCCCAGGACCCUCAACACCUGUCCCAGGACCCUCUACACCUGUCCCUGGACCCUCUACACCUGUCCCAGGACCCUCUACACCUGUCCCAGGAACCUCAACACCCGUCCCAGGACCCUCUACACCCGUCCCAGGAACCUCAACACCCGUCCCAGGACCCUCUACACCUGUCCCAGGACCCUCUACACCUGUCCCAGGACCCUCUACACCUGUCCCAGGACACUCUACACCCAUCCCAGGACCCUCUACACCCGUCCCAGGACCCUCAACACCUGUCCCAGGCACCUCAACCCCUGUCACAGCUCCAAGGCCCUCAGAGUGGUCCUCACCUGAGCCCACCACGGUCACCUGUUUACAAGUUUUAUGCAACUGGACUGAGUGGAUGGACGGCAGCUACCCUGGGCCAGGGAGAAACAGUGGAGAUUUUGACACUAUUUCGAAUCUCAGAGCCGAAGGUUAUAAAUUCUGUGCAGAGCCCAGGAGUGUGCAGUGCCGGGCAGAGCGCUUCCCUGACACCCCGCUGCAGGAGCUGGGCCAGGAUGUGGUCUGCAACAAGUCCGUGGGCCUGAUUUGCUGGAACAAGGACCAGCUGCCCCCCAUCUGCUACAACUACAAUGUCCGCUUCCUCUGCUGCGAGCUGGUGGACACUUGCAGGACAAACACCGCUUCCCCUGCCACGCCUGCCGCCACACGGACAGCCACAGCUGGAGCCAGCUCUGCCUGGGCCACUGGGGCCCUCUCCACUUCCACAAAGCUCAGCACUGCCAGCUCACCUCACGUGACCCCAACAAGAUGGGCCACGCCCAGCACACACGAGCAGUCCUCUCCAGGGACCACCCCCUGCAAGCCAAAGUGCAGGUGGACCCAGUGGUUCGACGUGGACUUCCCAAUGCCCGGGCCCCACGGGGGAGACAAUGAAACCUUCAGCAACAUCAUGAGGAAUGGAGACCCCAUCUGCCACCGAUCUGAAUCCAUCAGCAAAGUGGAGUGCCGAGCCGAGAACCACCCCGGGGUCAGCAUCCACGAGCUGGGCCAGCUGGUACAGUGCCACCAGGAUGUAGGCCUGCUGUGUCGGAACCAGGACCAGAAGGGCAAGACCAGGCUGUGCCUCAACUACCAGAUCAGAGUGCUGUGCUGCGAGCCCCAGGAACACUGCUCUCCUGCCACUGUUACAGUAACCAGCACCUCCAGUGUGAGUGUCACUGGGCACACAGGGACCACCUUCCAUGAAGCCACAUCCAGUGCAACCUCUGUGCAGACAAGCAGCACAACCUCGGCUCCUACAACCAGUACAACCUCUGUGCAGACAAGCAGCACAACCUCGGCUCCUACAACAAGCUCAACCUCUGUGCAGACAAGCAGCACAACCUCGGCUCCAACAACCAGCGCAACCCCUGUGCAGACAAACAGCACAACCUCGGCUCCUACAACCAGCGCAACCCCUGUGCAGACAAGCAGCACAACCUCGGCUCCUACAACAAGCUCAACCUCUGUGCAGACAAGCAGCACAACCUCGGCUCCAACAACCAGUACAACCCCUGUGCAGACAAGCAGCACAACCUCAGCUCCUACAACCAGCGCAACCCCAGUGCAGACAAGCAGCACAACCUCGGCUCCUACAACAAGCUCAACCUCUGUGCAGACAAGCAGCGCAACCUCGGCUCCUACAACCAGUACAACCUCUGUGCAGACAAGCAGCACAACCUCAGCUCCUACAACCAGUACAACCCCAGUGCAGACAAGCAGCACAACCUCGGCUCCAACAACCAGCGCAACCCCUGUGCAGACUAGCAGCACAACCUCGGCUCCUACAACCAGUACAACCUCUGUGCAGACAGGCAGCACAACCUCGGCUCCUACAACCAGCGCAACCCCUGUGCAGACUAGCAGCACAACCUCGGCUCCUACAACCAGUACAACCCCAGUGCAGACAAGCAGCACAACCUCGGCUCCAACAACCAGCGCAACCCCUGUGCAGACUAGCAGCACAACCUCGGCUCCUACAACCAGUACAACCUCUGUGCAGACAGGCAGCACAACCUCGGCUCCUACAACCAGCGCAACCCCUGUGCAGACUAGCAGCACAACCUCGGCUCCUACAACCAGUACAACCUCUGUGCAGACAAGCAGCGCAACCUCGGCUCCAAUAACCAGUACAACCCCAGUGCAGACAAGCAGCACAACCUCGGCUCCUACAACAAGCUCAACCUCUGGGCACACAAGCAGCACAACCUCGGCUCCUACAACAAGCUCAACCUCUGGGCACACAAGCAGCACAACCUCGGCUCCUACAACCAGUACAACCUCUGUGCAGACAAGCAGCACAACCUCGGCUCCAACAACCAGCGCAACCCCUGUGCAGACAAGCAGCACAACCUCGGCUCCUACAACCAGCGCAAUCCCUGUGCAGACAAGCAGCACAACCUCGGCUCCUACAACAAGCUCAACCUCUGUGCAGACAAGCAGCACAACCUCGGCUCCAACAACCAGUACAACCCCUGUGCAGACAAGCAGCACAACCUCAGCUCCUACAACCAGCGCAACCCCAGUGCAGACAAGCAGCACAACCUCGGCUCCUACAACAAGCUCAACCUCUGUGCAGACAAGCAGCGCAACCUCGGCUCCUACAACCAGUACAACCUCUGUGCAGACAAGCAGCACAACCUCAGCUCCUACAACCAGUACAACCCCAGUGCAGACAAGCAGCACAACCUCGGCUCCAACAACCAGCGCAACCCCUGUGCAGACUAGCAGCACAACCUCGGCUCCUACAACCAGUACAACCUCUGUGCAGACAGGCAGCACAACCUCGGCUCCUACAACCAGCGCAACCCCUGUGCAGACUAGCAGCACAACCUCGGCUCCUACAACCAGUACAACCUCUGUGCAGACAAGCAGCGCAACCUCGGCUCCAAUAACCAGUACAACCCCAGUGCAGACAAGCAGCACAACCUCGGCUCCUACAACAAGCUCAACCUCUGGGCACACAAGCAGCACAACCUCGGCUCCUACAACAAGCUCAACCUCUGGGCACACAAGCAGCACAACCUCGGCUCCUACAACCAGUACAACCUCUGUGCAGACAAGCAGCACAACCUCGGCUCCAACAACCAGCGCAACCCCUGUGCAGACAAGCAGCACAACCUCGGCUCCUACAACCAGUACAACCUCUGUGCAGACAAGCAGCACAACCUCGGCUCCUACAACGAGCUCAACCUCUGUGCACACAAACAGCACAACCUCGGCUCCUACAACCAGUACAACCUCUGUGCAGACAAGCAGCACAACCUCGGCUCCUACAACGAGCUCAACCUCUGUGCACACAAACAGCACAACCUCGGCUCCUACAACCAGCGCAACCCCAGUGCAGACAAGCAGCACAACCUCGGCUCCAACAACCAGCGCAACCCCUGUGCAGACUAGCAGCACAACCUCGGCUCCUACAACCAGUACAACCUCUGUGCAGACAAGCAGCGCAACCUCGGCUCCAAUAACCAGUACAACCCCAGUGCAGACAAGCAGCACAACCUCGGCUCCAACAACCAGCGCAACCCCAGUGCAGACAAGCAGCACAACCUCGGCUCCUACAACCAGCGCAACCCCUGUGCAGACAAGCAGCACAACCUCGGCUCCUACAACCAGUACAACCUCUGUGCAGACAAGCAGCGCAACCUCGGCUCCAAUAACCAGUACAACCUCUGUGCAGACAAGCAGCACAACCUCGGCUCCUACAACCAGUACAACCCCUGUGCAGACAAGCAGCACAACCUCGGCUCCUACAACCAGCGCAACCCCUGUGCAGACAGGCAGCACAACCUCAGCUCCUACAACCAGCUCCACCUCUGUUCCUGUAUCUGGGACCACACCUUGCUCCUGCAGUGUGUCUGGACAGUUGCACUCCGCAGGAUCCAACAUCUAUCAAGUGACUGACCUAUCGGGCCACUGCUAUUAUGCCUUUUGCAGCCUGGACUGCCACGUGGUCAAGGGAACAGCCCCCACCUGUCCCACCAGCAUGCCACCUCCCACCCCGACCACCUCCUCACCAGAGUCCUCCCCUUCUACCUCCGUGUCAGUCCCACCACAAGGGUGCCCAAAUGCAGUCCCCCCAAGAACGAAAGGUGAGACCUGGCCCAUGCCCAACUGCUCUGAGGCCACCUGCCAGGGCAACGGGGUCAUCACGGUGAGCCCGCGCCGCUGUCCGAGGGUGCAGAAGCCCACCUGUGCCAACGGCUACCCCGCCGUGCAGGUGGCUGACCGUGACGGCUGCUGCUCACACUACCAGUGCCCGUGCGUGUGCAGCGGCUGGGGGGACCCACACUACAUCACAUUCGACGGCACCUACUACACGUUUCUGGACAACUGCACGUAUGUGCUGGUGCAGCAGAUCGUGCCGGUGUACGGCCACUUCCGCGUGCUGGUCGAGAACUAUUUCUGCAACUCGGAGGAUGGGCUGUCCUGCCCACAGUCCAUCAUUGUUGAGUACCAGGAGAACCGCGUCAUGCUGGUCCGCAGGCCCGUCCACGGGGUGAUGACUAAUGAGAUCAUCUUUAAUGGUGAGGUGGUAAGGCCCGGCUUCCAGAAAGGUGGUAUUGCUGUCUCCCAAGUCGGCAUCAAGAUGUACGUGAGCAUUCCCGAGCUCGGUGUCUGGGUCAUGUUCAGCGGCCUCAUCUUCUCCGUGGAAGUGCCCUUCAGCAAGUUCGCCAACAACACAGAAGGGCAGUGCGGCACCUGCACCAACGACCAGAAGGACGAGUGCCGCCUGCCCGGGGGUGAGGUGGUGGCCUCCUGCUCCGACAUGUCCAGCCACUGGAAGGUGGCAUACCCCGGCCAGCCGCCCUGCAACGGGCCUCCCCCGACGCCCACCCCAGUGGAGCCCAGGACCUCGCCUACCCCGUGCCCACCUUCGCCAAUCUGCCAGCUCAUUCUGAGCAAGCCCUUUGAGCUGUGCCACGUGCUGAUCCCGCCCUGGCCGUAUUACCAAGGCUGCACCUUCGACCAGUGCCACAUGCCCGGCACGGACGUGGUGUGCUCUGCCCUGGAGCUCUAUGCCGCCCUCUGCGCGUCCCUCGGCGUCUGCAUCGACUGGCGGGGCCAGACCAACUACACGUGCCCCUUCGCCUGCCCUGCUGGCAUGGAGUACCGGCCGUGCGGCCCUCCCAGCCCCUCCUACUGCUACAUGAACAGCAGCGCCAGCCCCCUGGCCCUCCUAGAACCCAGUCCCAUCACGGAAGGCUGCUUCUGCCCACAGGGCACAAUGCUGUACAGCUCGAGCAAGGAGGUCUGCGUGCCCACUGACUGCAACGCUUGCCUGGGACCCAGUGGGGAGCCUGUGGAGCCCGGCCACACGGUCAGCGUGGACUGCCAGGAGUGCACCUGUGAGGGCGGCACGCAGACCAUGAGCUGCCGGCCCCGGACCUGUCCCCCGGCCCCCGCCUGCCCCGAGUCCGGCCAAGUGCCUGUGCCUGAGGCCAUGCAGACUGGCCAGUGCUGUCCCCAGUACCGCUGUGCCUGUGACAUCAGACACUGCCCCGAGCCCGAGGCCUGCCCAAAAGGCUCGCACGCCGUCCAGACCUACAGAGAGGCGGCCUGCUGCCCCGCCUACAGCUGCAGCUGGACCGUCUGCAGCAUCAAUGGCACCCUGUACCAGCCCGGCGCCGUGGUCUCCUCCGGCCUGUGUGAAAAAUGUUGGUGUGAGCUGCUGGGGGGAGCCUUGUCAGACACCUUUUCGAUCAACUGUGAGACCCAGAUCUGCGGCACCUCCUGCCCCCUGGGCUUCAAGUACCAGGCUCGGGCCGGGCAGUGCUGCGGUGAGUGCGUGCAGGUGGCCUGCGUCAUCAACACCAGCAACAGCUCUGCCCACCUCUUCUACCCGGGCGAGUCCUGGUCAGACCCCGGAGACCACUGCAUCUCACAUGAGUGUGAGCGGCACCAGGAUGGGCUCGUGGUGGUGACGACGAAGAAGGCGUGUCCCCCGCUUAACUGUUCUGCGGACAAGGCUCUGCCAAGCGAGGACGGCUGCUGCCUCUUCUGCCCCCUACCCAACCGGUCGGCCUGCGCGGUGCACCACCAGCUCCAGGUCCUCCGGCUGCAGGGUUGCAGCUCCCCCCGGCCCGUGCGCCUCGCCUACUGCCGGGGCAACUGCGGGGACACCACCUCCAUGUUCUCCGCGGAGGCGAACGCGAUGGAGCAUCAGUGCAGCUGCUGCCGCGAGCAGCGCGUCUCUCUGAGGAACGUGACCCUGCGCUGCGAGGACGGCUCCAGCCGCGCUCUCACCUACACGGAGGUGGAGGAGUGCGGCUGCGCGGGCCUGCAGUGCGACUCCCCCGGCGGCCUCGGCCUCUCGGCGGUGGCGCUGGAGCCAAGCCCUGAGAGCGGGCUCAGGCGCCGCGGGAGAAGGGCCCCGCGGGCCCGGCCCCUUCAGUAGAGGCCACAGCCCCGGCCUGGGCUUGGCGGCCGCGCUCCUCGACACGCCCGCAGGAACGCUUCUACUUGCUGCCAACGGGCUCUCAGGCCGGUGGAGCCUGAGCCCGGGCCAGGGAAGCGCCCCCACCCCUUCUGUCCCUCCCAGGGUCCAGCUGCCCUGGUGUGCAGGGGCCCCAGGGGCCUGCUCAGGACCAGCCCCGCGGGCGGGGGGUGGGGAGGCUCCGCUGGCCGCGGGACCAGCCUCCUGGCCCCAGGCCUCUGCAUCACGCGGGUUCCUCAAUGUGGAGACUGGGGCUGCUCCGCUGGCUGCUGGGAGGCGAGCCUCACCCCCCCCUUUCCUGGCCCUGGGCCUCAGGAAAGGGCCAGCGGGUUUGUGAAUACACUUGGAGCAUUUUGCAA